AAAUUCUAACCACUAUACAAUCUCAAAUAGAAAACUUCGGUCGCAGCUCCCUGUAUUCGUUUGAAUAAUUUCAAAUCUUGUCCGUGCUCGAGACUGCCCGACCGUGACUCCUAUUCGUCGCUGCGCAGUACUCAGUCCAGUGCAGUCUGCGGAGCAGAUCGACUGCAGCGCGAGUCGCAGGAGAUUUGUGCUGCUUGCCCGUUGCCCCUUUCCACUACCCGCUGCCCGUCGCCGACUUCCACCCUCACGUUUUCCUUGCCCAAUCCAUUCCUACCGCCUUAACACCAUUUCCACCCUCCCACUUCCUUCCCUUGCUUCGUGUUCAUGGCCACCGAGCUCUCUCUCUUCCUCUAGGGCCUUUACGGCAAUUGCAUCGACGGCUGCUGCCAUGGCGAGCGUAGCAGCGUUGGUGUUCGUGCUCUUUUCCUUCGCCGGUGGCGUUGUUUUCUGUAACCAGACGUACAUCGUUUACAUGGAUCCGACGCUCCGCCCGGCGGUCCACCCGACCCACCACGCCUGGUACGCGGCCCACCUUCAGUCCCUCGCCAUCGACCCCGGACGCCACCUCCUCUAUGCCUACUCUGACGUCCUCCACGGCUUCGCUGCCGCACUCCUCCCCCACCACAUCCCCGUCCUCAGCUCCUCUCCGGCCAUUCUCCAUAUCCAACCCGACCCUGUUCUUCAUCUCCACACCACCCGGACUCCCCAGUUCCUAGGCCUCGCCUCCGACGCCGCCUCCGCCCUACCCCGUCCCAUCGACGCCGUCGAGGCCGCCUCCCGAGACGUUUUCAUCGCUGUGCUUGAUACUGGUGUCUGGCCGGAGGCUCCUAGCUUCUCCGUUCCCGCGGGCCUCCCUGAGGUCCCAUCCCGGUGGCGCGGCGCAUGUGAGGCUGGAGUCGAUUUCUCCCCCUCGUUAUGUAACCGCAAGCUGGUUGGCGCCCGGAGCUUUGCUCGGGGCUUCCGCGCCGCUGCAGCGGCUGCCGGCGACGGCAAUGUGAAGGGGAAGCCUAAGGAGUACCAGUCGGCGCGGGAUCGCGACGGGCAUGGAACACAUACGGCGUCGACGGCUGCUGGAUCCGCGGUGGCGAAUGCUAGCCUCCUCGGGUACGCUGCUGGGACAGCCCGGGGCAUGGCGACCGCCGCCCGAGUCGCUGCCUACAAGGUCUGUUGGGCUUCCAGCUGCUUCGGGUCCGACAUCCUUGCCGGGAUCGAAGCCGCCAUCGUCGACGGCGCCGACGUGCUCUCUCUAUCCCUCGGCGGUAGAUCUGCCCCUUACUUCCACGACAUCAUCGCCAUCGGCGCCUUCGCCGCUGCGGAUCGUGGCAUCUUCGUCGCCUGCUCGGCCGGAAACAGUGGCCCCGGCCCAGCAACCCUAGCCAACGGUGCCCCCUGGAUCGCCACCGUUGGGGCCGGAACCCUGGACCGCGACUUCCCGGCCUACGCCCGUCUCGGGAACGGCGCGAAGUACACCGGCGUCUCACUCUACAGCGGCAAAGGCAUGAGGAAGAAGCUGAUCCCGGCAGUGUACGGCGCCGGGAGCACCAACGCAAGUAAGCUGUGCCUUGAGGGGACACUGAACCCUGCACAGGUGCGUGGGAAACUAGUGCUCUGCGAUCGCGGGGUGAGCGCCCGCGUCGAGAAGGGGGCGGUGGUGAAGGCCGCCGGAGGGGCCGGGAUGAUUCUGGCGAACACCGCAUCUAACGGGGAGGAGCUGGUCGCCGACAGCCACCUACUGCCGGCGAUGGCCGUGGGGAAGAAAGAAGGCGACCUGAUAAGGUUGUACAUCACCACCGACGCGAAGCCGAGGGGAGUGCUAGCUUUUGGGGGAACAGUGCUAGGGGUGCGGCCGUCGCCGGUGGUGGCAGCCUUCAGCUCGAGGGGGCCGAAUCCGGUGUCGCCGGAGAUACUAAAGCCAGACUUCAUCGGGCCUGGAGUAAACAUCUUAGCAGGAUGGUCAGGAGAAGUUGGACCGACGGGGUUGCCCAAGGAUCGCCGGAGGACUCAGUUCAAUAUAAUGUCUGGAACAUCAAUGUCAUGCCCGCACAUCAGUGGAGUUGCUGCACUGCUGAAAGGUGCACACCCUGACUGGAGCCCUGCCGCCAUCAAGUCUGCUCUCAUGACAACUGCAUAUUACGUCGACAACACCAGAUCUCCCCUUCUUGACGCUGCCGGAGGUUCAUUCGCCACGCCAUUUGCUUAUGGCGCUGGCCAUGUCGAUCCAGAGAAAGCCCUCUCCCCAGGCCUCAUCUAUGACAUCGCGACGGAUGACUACGUUUCUUUCCUUUGCUCUUUGAACUACACCAUUCCGCACAUCAAGGCCAUCGCAAAGCGGAACGUCACUUGCUUGCCGAAGCUGUCAAAUCCGGGUAACCUCAACUACCCUUCCUUCUCAGUGGUGUUCGAGAAGAAUUUGAGGGCCGUAAAGUACAGAAGGGAGGUGACGAAUGUCGGCCCUGCAUCGUCGUAUGAAGUAAAGGUUACUGGACCCGACGAUGUGGUUGUGACGGUUAGGCCAACACGCCUUGUAUUCGAACGUGUUCAUCAGAAGCUGAAGUACAGUGUGACGUUCGUAUCGAAGAAGGAAAGGGGGAAAUCGAGGGAUGAGGCAUUUGGUCGGAUCACCUGGGCUAGCAAGCAGCACAAAGUGCAAAGUCCUGUAGCCUAUACAUGGAAGAAGUAUACAUGGAAGAAGUGAAUAUUGAUUUAAAUUCUGAUCUUUUCUAACUGCAUGAUGCAACUCUACCUAAUUCUGCUCAGGUCAAAAGAGUUGUUAGCAGAGAGUAAAAUCCAAGCUUCUUAAUGUUGGUUUCCAUAUGGUUUUCUUGUUUUCACCGCCCAAAGUUUUAGUUCUUGCAAUGCGUUUUCUUAUGUAGCCUCAAAUUUCCAUUUACGCUUUAACAAGAAGCAUUUGAGAGCUGGAGGAGCCUUUGCUUCUACAGUGUGUUCUCAUUAAUCUAAUACAGUGCGUCUACAGUCAUCUUUACAAGCAUCCUUAUCAGGCUUUUUGUUCUGUGCUAUUUACAGUUUGCUAAUGUAAGAGGAUUGAAUUUUCUACUA